CCACAACUGCAGAGGAGAGCUGGUGGGACCACAGUGAGGACCUCCUGGUGACCAGGGAGUCUUUCUUCUCCAUGUAAUGAUCCUGGGAGGAUCAGCUUGAGGUUGGGGAUCCGAAGGGAGUGGAAGAUGCCAGGACUCAGACACUGAUCUGGCCAAGCCCAGCUGGAAGGAGAGCCCUUGCCUGCUGCUUCACCAAAGUUAACACCAUCCCAGGAGCUGCCCAGCAUCCAUCCAUGGAGCUGAACCACUCGUCCCCACCUCCUGCACCACCCACACUGACCCAUGAUGGGGACAAACCCUGCAGUAUGGAUGUCACCGACAUGGCCUUAGAUGGCACCACGAUGCUCAUUGGCCUCUUGGGGCUGGUGGGGAACGGGGCUGUCCUCUGGCUCCUUGGCUUCCACAUCCACAGGAACCCCAUCACCGUCUACAUCCUCAACUUGGCCGUCUCUGACUUCACCUUCCUCCUCUUCGUGGUCACCUCCUCCCUCUUAUACCUGCUGGAGAACUUCUCCUGCUCCACUCUCGUGCCUUUGGUCUACCUGAGGACACUUUUCCUGCUCUCCUUGUUCUCCUACAACAUGGGGCUCUAUCUCCUCACAGCCAUCAGCAUCGAGAGGUGUGUGUCCAUCCUCUGCCCCAGCACCCACCACCCCCAGUGUUUGUCAGCCGUGGUGUGUGCCCUGCUCUGGGCUCUCUCCGUUGCUGUCAUUGCUGCAGUGACUUCCCUGUGCCUGUUCCACGAGCACGAGCCCUGCAGGAUGGCUCUCAUCUCCAUGUACCUCCUCAACUUCCUCAUCUUUGCCCCACCCAUGGUCAUUUCCAGCACAAUCUACUUCAUUAAGGUCCUUUGCAGCUCCCAGCAGCACCAACCCAGGAGGCUCUACAUCGCCAUCUUCCUCUCCAUCCUCUUCUUCCUCAUCUUCGCUCUUCCCCUCAGCAUCUGGAAUUUCCUGCAGCAGUUCAGCUACUCCCUCGUGUCCUCCCAGGUGGUUUUCCUGCUCGCCAGCAUCAACAGCAGCAUCAACCCCUUCAUCUACUUCUUGGUGGGGAGCUGCCGGAGGCACUGCUCCUUGAUGUCCCUCCAGGUCACCUUCCAGAGGGUCUUUGAAGAGCCAGAGGACAACACAGCCUGCAGCAACACCACCACCAUGGACACUCUGGCCCAAGCCUGUUGAGGUCUCUCCACUGCUCUGCUUGAGACCACCAGGAGAGCAGCUGAGGGUUUCCUUGAGCAUCCAGCUCAAUAAAUAUCUG